UAAUCAUAUCUAAACUAUAUUUUCAAAACUUAUUUCAAGUUUUAUAACUUUUUAAACUUUUUUGUGCAAAACUUACUUAAUCUACAAAUAAAUUAUGAAAAGUUUACUGUAUAUUACGUUAAUACUGUUCAUCGGUGUGACUGUCAUUAAAUGUCAGGAACUGGAGGACUCGGAUGAUACCGAUGCGACGGCUACUGAGCCCACGGACUCAGAGUCGGCCCCCAGUGAUGACAGUCCUACUGAUGACGCGGGUACGACAGCUACCGGUGCGGACAACCCCUUCAAGACACUCAUGACGUCUGUCCAGUUGGGAGGUAUGCGACUAUACGACCGGUUGAAUGAAAAGGCGACUCAAGUGGGGAAACAGCUACAGGAGGGUCAACAGAGAUUUCAGGGCAGAAUGCAUAGAAUACAGGAGCGCCUGGGUCAGUUGCCGGGUCGUAUCGCUGGAGGUGCCGGUGCUGGUGAUGGACAGGGAGGUGCCGAUGGCGAGACCCGUCAAGUGGAACGGGAGGACGAGGAGACUGAGACCAUGACACCCACCGAGACCGAGGAUGUCGCUGAUGGCGAUCGAGACACGGCUGCCAGCGAUGAUAGUCCAGUGGUGAAAGAUGAGAGCGCCGGUAGCGACGAUUACGGGUCAGACACCGGGAGCACAGACACUGAAUCAGUGAACCCAUUGAAAUCAUUGAUGACAUCCCUGACCCUCAAAGGGGUGCGACUGUACGACAGGUUUAAUGAGAAGGUGGAGGACGUGAGGCAUAGGUUUCAAGAUCACCAGAAACGGCUUAUGGAUCGCGUGAAUGGCCUACAGGAAAGGGGUCAGAGGUUGCAGACUAGGGUGGUAUCAAAGAUGGAGAAUCUGGUCAAUCGCUUGGAGAGGUUCAACAUUUUUGGGGGCGUUUAGGGGGUUUAGUGUAUAUAAACUUAUAUUGGGUUAUGGUUUAAAUUAUAGGCUAAACUGCGGGGGGUGGGGUGAGCAGUGCACCCCUAAUUUAGUUUUAUAAUUGUAAUUAUCAUGGUUAAUUUCAAAAACAAUCAAGCUAUUUAUAUGAGGUCCACUAAACUGUAAUUAUGCCG